CGCCCCGCUGCGGCCGCUCAUUCGUAUAUUGACAGCUGAAACUGUCAACAAACGGGAAUACUGCUCGUAUCAAUCCGAGCGACCAGCCGGCGAACUGUGCCACCAUUCACGCUCACGACGAAACGCGGAUAGCACGUGGCUGUCUAAUAUUAGAGUGAAUUCGCUUCCAAACAUCGCGCAGUAGUAUACAGUGUUCGCCCACAUGGACAAGUCUGUCGGCUUAUAAUACAUAAAUGUUUAUUUUAAACGAUUUCGGAACAACAAGCAAUGACCAUCAGCCUCAAGUGGAGAGAAUAUGUGGCCGCCCUCAGUGCAACUUUAAUAACGGCGGCGGCUGGCACGACUGUCGGGUGGACCUCGCCCACGCUGCCAAUACUCCUGGCAAAGGACUCUCCAAUACAAACAUCAGCCGAUCAGAGCUCAUGGAUCGCCUCGCUUAUGAUUCUUUUUUCAGCCGUCAGUCCUAUUCCCGCCUCGUACCUCGCAGACAGAAUAGGCACAAAAAGGACGUUGCUUCUAGCUGCUAUUCCUUACAUCAUUGGCUGGAUCCUCGUGAUGCUGGCGGCUAACGUCCCCACCAUAUACGCCGCUCGCCUUAUCUCUGGCCUCGGCUACGGAAUCGCCUACACCGCAGCCCCUAUGUACCUAGGUGAAAUAGCUUCAAAUGAAGUACGUGGAGCCAUGGCUACACUUAUCACCGUGAUGUCGAAGUUUGGAAUUCUCUCCCAGUACUGCAUCGGGCCGUACGUUUCGAUGCUGGGGCUGGCGAGCUUCAAUAUAGCAAUACCAAUUCUGUUUGUGGUUACAUUCAGCACAAUGCCGGAAUCACCGUAUUAUUAUAUCAAAACAGGAGACACGAACAGAGCCGAGAGGUCGUUGAAACAACUUCGGGGAAGAUAUUAUAUAAACGAAGAAUUGGAUAGCAUGACUCAUUUAGUCAAUGAAAAUAUGAAAGAUAAAAGUCGCUGGAAAGACUUAUUUAUUGUUGGAGGAAAUAGAAAAGGACUUAUUUUAUUAUUCGGAAUAUAUUUUACUCAACAAUUUUGCGGGAGUACCGCUAUUAUAUCUUAUGCUCAACAAAUAUUCGGCGCUGCUGAAGGCGGCUUAGGAGCUAAGGAGUCUUGUAUAUUAUUUGGUACAGUGCAGUUGCUGACAUCAGCGAUAUCUUCACAAUUAGUAGAUAGGUUAGGGAGGAAGCCACUUCUGUUGGUGUCGUCGUGUGGAGUUGGACUUGCAAAUGUGAUCAUAGGGGCAUACUUUUUUAUGAAAUUUGAAAACAAUGAGCUAGUUUCUGCUUUGAAGUUCAUUCCUAUUGUUGUGAUACCUAUUUUUAUAUUUUCAUAUACCAUAGGAUUAGCUACUGUACCUUUCGCUAUAACGUCGGAAAUAUUUCCAACGAACAUAAAGUCUAAAGCGACUUGUGUUAUUCAAAUAUUUGUAGCUUUAAUGACAUUUGCUGUUACAAAGUUGUAUCAAGUGAUUGCGGAUAAUUUGGGGAACUAUGUCGCCUUUUGGUGUUUCGGAAUAUUAUCAAUGGGAGGUGUCAUCUUUAUAUUAAUAUUACUACCAGAAACCAAAGGCCAAUCGUUUGCAGCUAUACAGGAAAAGUUAAACUCGAAUGAAAAAGUUAGAUAUGAGAAACGAGAUGACCACGCUGGAAGUGUCAGAAUUUUGUGAUAAUACAUUUAAAUGGUAUACAGUUUUUUCUAAAUAAAAUAGUAACUUGUACUUAAUAUUACUUACAUUUCCGUCCAUCAUUAUGUUUUGUAAUCAUUCCGAUGUUCAAAUACAGCUUGAAUAAGAUCUGAGAACGAGAAACGAACAUCACGCUUCAUAAUCAUUUCAAACCGAAAAAUAUAUUUAAAUAUUCCAAUAACAAAUUUAGGUACAUCGUUCAUACAAGAUUAUAUAUUUAUUAAAUAACGUUAUAACGAUACUUUUCACUGUGUUAAAUAACGUUAUAAUUAACGUACGUUUGACUUUAAAAACGUUAUUUAUAAUUAAUAAAAAAAUAAUUAGGUAAAAAUGUACUGUCCAUAUUUAUCAAACGAAAGUUAAUUAAUUCAAUAGAUUGUUAUAUAAUAGUGAUAUUUCAACAAAUAUAUUAAUAUUAAUCGUGCUCUGCUUAUCGCUGUAGCGUUUUUAGUUAUUUUUCAAAUGAUUAUCGUAUAGUAUCGAGGUAAACUAAAUCAUGUUAAAUUACAAUACAAAAUAAAUCUAGGUAAAUAGUGAAUCUCUCGCAUCAAAUUACACAUAAGUAUUGUACUAAUACUCGUACAAUAAGGAUACGUCUGCCCUUAAGCCAAUAAUAAUUCAAUAUAAUAAUAUGCAUUGUCAUCGAUUAUGUACUUAAGUGUAUUUUAUUUAUUGAUUAAUGAUAAUGUUUAAAUACAUAAAUUGUGAUAUAAACUCUCGCCUUGUUUGUGUAUUUUUAAAAUACAAUAAAUAAAUUUAGAAUACAAUAUAGUUAGUAUAUAACAAUAUGGUAAAUGCAUUUUAAAAUUGUGAUGUUCAAUCAUUCCCAGUGCCUUAAAUGUCAAGUGCCAUUUAAAUAUUUGGUAUAAUAUUAUAAAUACAUAUGACAAAAGUCCAAAUAUUUUGAAUAUUAUAAUAUAUUACAAAUGUUUUAUUAUA